GUUAUACCAUUAACAAGAUGUCUGGGUCUGGAUCAUUUUUCCUGUGCUUCUGUAGUCUAGCAUAUAUUUUGUGCAGCUCCAGUGCUUGGGAGGUAAAAAUGCCAAGAAAUAUCAAAGGAUUGUUGGGUUCCUGCCUUGUUAUCCCUUGCAGUUACGAUUACUAUCAGUAUCCACCGAAUAGACCAGAUCGUGUAGUGUGGUAUCAAUAUGUGAGCAGAGGAUAUCCAAUAGUAUCUGACAACUGGAACAGGAAUGAUGUGUUGGACAUAUUUAAAGGAAGAACACAUGUAUAUAGUUCUUCACAACAUCGGACAUGCAGUCUGUUGAUUAAACGAGUGACCUUGGCUGAUCACAGUCAGAAGCUUUAUCCCUGGGUGGAUCCUGAAAAUGUUGGAUGGAGAACCUACCCUUUCUAUGACACAACUGUAACAGUUGAAGUAGUGGACAAGGCAGAUACACCGGUUAUUGAGAUCUUUGGAAACAUGGUGGUUGGGCAGUCUGUAACAGUGCAAUGCACUGUGUACCACACUUGUCCCACUUAUCCCCCAAGUCUGAGGCUCAACAUCCCACUGCGAAACGAACAUCUAACUCAUAGUCCUCUAUCUGAUGGAAGAUCCAAAACUAUGCUGACAACCACUCUGUUCAUAGAGAAAGAAUAUCAAACUGUGGAGUGCUAUGUCCAACACCGUGGUGGUCGCUCUGCAUUAGCAUCUAAAACCUUAACAUCACAAUGCUCCAUUUCAAGGCUUACUGUCAGCUCUGCAUCAUAUGAAUUUCUGGAGGGAGAUCCAAAUAAAGUAACCUGCACUGUUUCAUACACAUGCUAUCGAAAUAUUCCAACUCUGACAUGGAAUUAUGGUAAUAUGCCAGCCUCUUCUGAUACUAGCAAGUUAUCAAGGGGGGCUCAGUGGAGGACUGUCUCCACACUGACAUUUACAGCAUCAGCUAAUGAUGAUGGAAGAUCGCUGAUAUGCUAUGCACGUUUCCCUGGAGGUCAGACAAAAGAAGCAAGCAUCACUCUGCGGGAAACAUACUGA